CUUGUCCGUAACAUCCCCCAGCCACACCCAUUGGGCCAGAGCACCCUCUCCUCACACUUGCCAUCUAUCCCAGUGUGUUCAGCUAGCCGACAGGGCUGGCUACUCAGGUCCUGCAGAAGAUAUACAUUGUAAUCUUUACCCCUUUUUUGUCCAUCCUUCUGACAGCUGAAUGGUAGGGACCCCCAGUUACUCUGCCCUACAACUGUAUGCGUUCUAAUACUCCUCAUGGGGUUUCUAAUACCCUAUUAGCAAGCUCUGGCCCGGUGUGUGACCUCUGAAGCGGUGUGGCAUGGGCUGGAGGAGGACAGUGUCUGCUGGAACAAGGAGGGAGGGACUAAACUCUGAUAAAACCCAAGGACAAAACAGCUCCUGCAGACAGCAUUGUACACCAGCUUCUGCCCUCAAUUCAUUGGAAACUCAGCCUCUGUCCUUUAUUCCAGAGAAGGCAGAAAGUCGGUCCUUCCUGAAAGCUGCAGCUGCCUGUGUGAGGGCCCCACAGCCUGCGUCCUGGGAGCUGUCGUGGAUGAUCGCCCGCAGGAUGUCCAGCCAGGACCUGAGCAUCUCCGCAAAACUCAUCAACGGAGGUAUAGCAGGUCUUGUGGGGGUGACCUGCGUGUUUCCCAUUGACCUUGCCAAGACCCGACUACAGAACCAGCAGGGGAAAGAUGUAUACAAAGGAAUGACAGAUUGCCUGAUGAAGACCGCACGUGCUGAGGGCUUCUUGGGCAUGUACCGAGGGGCUGCAGUAAACCUCACCCUGGUCACUCCAGAGAAGGCAAUCAAGCUGGCAGCCAAUGACUUCUUGCGGCAGCUGCUCAUGCAAGAUGGGACGCAGCGGAACCUGAAGAUGGAGAUGCUGGCCGGAUGUGGGGCUGGAAUAUGCCAGGUGGUGAUUACCUGUCCCAUGGAAAUGCUCAAGAUUCAGCUGCAGGAUGCUGGCCGCUUAGCUGUCUGUCAUCAGGCUUCUGCCUCAGCCACGCCCACCUCCCGGCCCUACAGCACUGGUUCGACUUCCACCCACAGGCCCCCAUCGGCCACCCUCAUUGCCCGGGAGCUGCUCCGAACUCAGGGCAUCUCUGGUCUUUACAGGGGCCUGGGUGCCACACUCCUCAGGGACAUUCCCUUCUCCAUCAUCUACUUCCCUUUGUUUGCAAACCUGAACCAGCUUGGGGUCAGCGAGCUCACCGGCAAGGCCUCCUUCACACACUCCUUUGUGGCAGGCUGUGUAGCAGGUUCUGUGGCUGCGGUAGCUGUGACCCCUCUGGAUGUUCUGAAGACUCGAAUCCAGACCCUCAAGAAAGGCCUAGGGGAGGACACCUACAGCGGGGUCAUGGACUGUGCCAGGAAGCUCUGGACACAGGAGGGGGCAGCAGCCUUCAUGAAGGGAGCAGGCUGCCGUGCCCUGGUCAUAGCCCCCCUCUUUGGGAUCGCCCAGGGCGUCUACUUCAUUGGCAUCGGAGAGCGCAUCUUGAAGUGCUUUGAGUAAUCUAAUGUGUCACUUCUUGCUGUCACCUCUGGCCCUAGGGAACUAGGUGGCACCGCUGGAAGUAUAAGAUGCCUGCCCUGACGCACAUGGUCUCUAACCUGUAGUGCUACCUCAGAAGAAAUGACCCAUUUUACUAAGCGAGUAGAGCCCUCAUCUCCUUUAUGAAAACUAAACUUUCUGAACCAGAGAUGUUCAGAAGCCCCAACCUCCUAUGUCUAACAACAGAACUGGCCUUAUGUACUAUGGCAGGACCAUGUGCACUAAGACAGAAGGGCUCUUCCACACUAACAUCCCCACAAGCGUGGCACAGAAUUGUCCUGUGAGGGUUUAGCAUCAAUCCUAGCCCUGCCGCUCUAACACCUCAGACGUGCCCUGUGCCCUCCCAGGCAUCAGCAAUAGUCAAGCAGGCCGGAAUGAGCACUCUGGUCACCUCAGCCGCUGUCCUGCCCCAGAUACCCAUUCUGAAGUAUGGGCCCAGAUCCCUUCCAAUAGACGCUUGUGGGACAUGAUCUAAAAUAAAGCUGGUUAAGUCCUUGUCCUGUAA